CGGCUCUGUUCGCCGCCUUUCCCACCGGCCCCAUGAGCUGCAGCGGCUCCGGCGCGGACCCCGAGGCGGCGCCCGCCUGUGCCGCCUCGGUCGCGGGUCCGGCACCCCCGGUGUCGGCUCCCGCUGCGCUGCCCACUAGCACGGCCGCGGAGAGCAAAGCCAGCCCCGCGGGGACAGCAGGGGGCCCCGUGGCUGGAGUCGCCACUGCGGGCACGGGCCCCGUGGCGGCACGGGCAGGGGAGCCGGCAGAGCGGCGCGGGCCAGCAUCGGUGGCAGCGGGCGGCGCGGCUCCCCCGGAGGGGGCAAUGUCUAACGGGGUUUACGCCCUACCGAGCGCGGCCAACGGAGAAGUGAAGCCCGUAGUGUCCAGCACACCUCUAGUGGACUUCUUGAUGCAGUUGGAGGAUUACACACCUACGAUCCCAGAUGCAGUGACUGGUUACUACCUGAAUCGCGCUGGCUUUGAAGCUUCAGACCCACGCAUAAUUCGGCUCAUCUCACUAGCUGCCCAGAAAUUCAUCUCAGAUAUUGCCAAUGAUGCCCUACAACACUGCAAAAUGAAGGGCACAGCCUCUGGCAGCUCCCGGAGCAAGAGUAAGGAUCGCAAGUACACCCUAACCAUGGAGGACUUGACCCCCGCCCUCAGCGAGUAUGGCAUCAAUGUGAAGAAGCCGCACUACUUCACCUGAGCCACACAACCCAGAUGUAUUUGUCUUUCCCUCUGUCCCCACACGAGCCUGUUUUCAUAAUAAACUUUAUUGUGACAGGC